GGCAGGCGGCCCCGGGGGCGGCGGCGGCGUGGUGGUCGGCGUGGCGGAGGUGAGAAGCUGGCGCUGCUGCUGCCUCGGCAGCACCUGUUGGUGCCGGAGCCUCGUGCUGGUGUGCGCGCUGGCCGCCCUGUGCUUCGCUUCCCUGGCCCUGGUCCGCCGCUACCUGCAGCAUCUGCUGCUCUGGGUGGAGAGCCUCGACUCGCUGUUCGGCGUCUUGCUCUUCGUCGUGGGCUUCAUCGUGGUCUCGUUCCCCUGCGGCUGGGGCUACAUCGUGCUCAACGUGGCCGCCGGCUACCUGUACGGCUUCGUGCUGGGCAUGGGUCUCAUGGUGGUGGGCGUCCUCAUCGGCACCUUCAUCGCCCAUGUGGUCUGCAAGCGGCUGCUCACCGCCUGGGUGGCCGCCAGGAUCCAGAGCAACGACAAACUGAGCGCCGUCAUUCGCGUCGUGGAGGGAGGAAGCGGCCUGAAGGUGGUGGCGCUGGCCAGACUGACCCCCAUACCUUUCGGGCUUCAGAAUGCUGUGUUUUCGAUUACUGAUCUCUCAUUACCCAACUAUCUGAUGGCAUCUUCGGUUGGACUGCUUCCUACUCAGCUUCUGAAUUCUUACUUGGGUACCACCUUGCGGACCAUGGAAGAUGUCAUUGCAGAGCAGAGUGGUAGUGGGUAUUUUGUUUUUUGUUUACAGAUUAUUAUAAGCAUAGGCCUCAUGUUUUAUGUAGUACAUCGAGCCCAAGUGGAGUUGAAUGCAGCUAUUGUAGCUUGCGAAAUGGAACUGAAAACCUCUCUGGUUAAAGGCAGUCAACCAGAUACCAGCGGCUCUUCAUUCUACAACAAGAGGACCCUAGCAUUUUCUGGAGCUUCCUUCUAAAUUUGGAAAUCUUAAUCUUCUAAUGAGAAAUCUUAGACAAGUCAGAAGACUGUUAGGUAUGUAGACAUGAAAGAGCAGGCCAGCAGUUGGGGCAAGCCAUGAUAGAUUACAAAGUAGAUUCAAGUGACAGAAUUCACAGGACUGCUGAAUAAAUUUGGUCCCGGAGAUAAGAAAAGAGGAUUACUAAAGAAGCACUGAUCCUGUUUUCUGCCUUGCUCAUCAAUGUACACUGAGAACCUACUACAGUGUCCAGCUGGAGUACAUACAUGAAAAUAUGUAUUUACUAAGUAAUGCUAAUUGAAUGAAAAUGUACAGAUAGGAAUUUUGAAGAUAAAACUUUAAGUAUUAACACUCCUUUAUAUUAACAAGUCUUCGAACGCAUACAUUAUGGCUUCUUUCAAGUGUCUUCACUGCUCUCCCAAAGCGACAGUAAUGAAGUUGGGAAGAAAAAUGGUUGCCAACACAGCAUAAAUAUUUAAUAUGUGUUAAAAAGGAGAAAAGCCCAAGUUAAGAGAUGAUGAACUAUUCAGAAAAAGUUCCAUUUGAAAGAAGAUUUCUCUCAUAGAUAUGGAACAAUUAUGAAACUGUUUCUUUGAUCAUGCAUGUGAGUUAAAGGAGCUGUUUCCCUGCUGCGAUAGGGUGCACCCACUCAGUUCUGCAUAAUGAUGCCAGUUUAAGGACGCAAGGCAAGAAUCGUGAACCCCAGAACCACCAAGUACCAAGGAAUCUAUUUCUACAGCAAGCGAUCGCCCACAUGAAAUCUCUUAGACUUUUUGCCUUCUUGCUCCAAUGACUUUCAGUGCAAAUGUGGCUCUCAGUCAAGUGGAAAAUCCUAAAAACCUGCCACUUAGAAAAAUGGGGACAGACUGUGACUCCUUAGCUGAGCAACUUCCCACCUGGUUUUUCUGAUGUCCCUGACCCAGAUCACGAGGACUCGCUAUAACCAACAAAUGCUACUUCUACCUGCAGGAAAAAGGAUAAGGCUUCAGAAAAGUCACACAGCUAUGUAUGUCUGAAAUCCCCUAUCAAGGACAUGGCAGCACAACAUGAAUCCAUUCAAAAGAAAAAGAGAAGGGAUGCUCGACCUCGUGCUAUCAGCCAGACUGUAUCUGCAACCGGAAGGAAGGCAAAAGCACUGCUGAAUUAUUUGCACUUUUACUUGCUUAUGUCAUGAUUUGAACGUAACCUGACUUUACUUACAUUAGGUCAUGUAUUAUAACUGUGCCUCAAUUA